GUUCGCCCCCUCGCGCAGGCGCCGUUGGGGUUUCGGCGGAGGGAGGGGAGGGGAGGGGCGUGCGCGCGGCAUGGCGGAGAGCGGCGCGUGGCUGCUGGUGCUGGGCGCCGUGCUGGGCUGCAGCGCGCUCAAGGUCCUGCUGCCCUCCUGCUCCUCCGCCAUAUCCAGGUUGUUACAAAAGGAUGCAGAGCAGGAAUCCCAAAUGAGAGCUGAAAUCCAGAACAUGAAGCAAGAACUCUCAACCAUUAGUAUGAUGGAUGAGUUUGCUAGAUAUGCCCGUCUGGAAAGAAAGAUCAACAAGAUGACUGACAAGCUUAAAACUCAUGUGAAAGCACGAACUGCCCAAUUAGCCAAAAUAAAGUGGGUUAUAAAUAUUGUAUUCUACAUCUUACAAGCUGCCCUGAUGAUCUCUCUCAUUUGGAAAUACUACUCUGAGCCAGUUACAGUGCUUCCAAGCAAAUGGCUCGCUCCACUGGAGCGCUUGGUAGCCUUUCCUACUGGGGUGGCAGGUGGUGUUGGAAUUACCUGUUGGCUUGUGGUUUGUAAUAAAGUUGUCGCUAUCAUGCUUCACCCUUUCAGCUGAAGAAAUCCCAGUAAUUCAUGGAGUCCUAAAAUACGUUUUCAUUAUUGCUGUUUAAAAAAAAAAAAAGUUUGUCUUUCAUGACAGACCAGUUCUGAGAUAUGUUUUGUUUCUUCAGUCAGGUAUCAGUCAGUAUUCCUUUUGAUUUAUCUUUCCUUAGUUUGUUUUUCAGUUUUGUAAUCAGCAAUGUUCAAAGAAUGGCACUGCUAUUUAUAAAACCUCAUUUUGACAAGUAUGAACAUUUAUGGUUCUGCCAUGAAUCAGACUUGCCAUGGCAUAUUCACCAAGGUCUAGAAGAGUUUGAUUUUUAUAACUGUUAAGGUGGAAAUGCACUGGCACUAGGAAUUAUUUUUGGAGCUUUGUUCGUUCUGUGCUGUAUAAUAUGGCAGUUUCACUCAAAGGUGGGUUUAUACUUGGUGAUGUGGUUCUAGGUAGAAGUAGGUUAUUUGGUUGGCUUAGAGCAAAACAGAAUUUAUUUCCUCCUUGUUGUUGGUUUCUUUUUUUUUUUUUUAAGUCUAGAAUUGGGGUAUUCUCAGACUGUCUUAGAAAAUAUUACUGAUAUAUAUGCAGAAUCAACCUUUUAUCUCUUAAGUGACUUUCUCAGUUGCCAAAUACAGAACAGCUGGCUACUUUUCCCUCACAGAAUUUUAAAAUUCAUUGAACACUUGAAUUUCUUCCUGCUUUUAUUGAUAACUGACCUUUUGUUCCUUGACAUUUCUUCUGCUUCCCAAGUGGAGUGAAUAUCAGUGAUAGUGCUUCCUUCCAUGUUUUGGGAAGAAAGGUCUGGCCAACCUUCUCAAGCUCCACAUUAAGAAAGUAAAAGACAGUGCUGUUCCUGCAUUCCUAGGAACUACAUUCCCAGGGUUUUGGUGCAUAUUAAUGACAGUCUGGGACAGUCCAAAACAGCUAUGUAAAUGUAAAAAGGCAAAUGAGUGAUUUAACUACCUGAAGUAGUAACAGAAUGCUAGCGAGGAAGAGGAGGGAAAACAAUUUUCUGUUUUGCAGUAAAUGCUUCUUGCUGUAUAUAGGUAAACAGCCACAUCAUUUUGAAUAUAAAGGAGAACAAAAUUUUUCCUGGUACCACGUCUGUAGAACAGGGACGAAGCUGUGCUACCUCCUGUGCUGCAGUGCUGCCCACAACUCUGCCCUUGGUGUUCCGCAAGACAAAGCAGUGGUUUUAUAAAGCUCUUCUGCGCCUCCCUUUUCUGAUGUGAGCCUGAACAAAACUCUCGAUGGGCACCCUUCCCUCUUCUGCUGGGCUUUGGGAUUCUGGUUCAGCUUCCCACUCUGUACAGUGUUGUGUUAUUCCAGGUCCUUUGCCUUUGUGCAGGAAGGCAUUAGGGCCCCUCCAUAAUUAGCAUUGUGUUUAGAAAUUAAUUCAGAAGGUCAUGACACAUUUUCUGUGUCUGUGUAUAUGUACAUGAAAUGUGUUUUUUUUCUUAAAUGUUAAUUAGAUUUUUUUUUUAUAUUAAGGAUUACAUUUAGCCAACAGAAAACUGAAUGCAUUAAAUAUCAACAAGAACAAAAUGUCAGGAUUCAGUCUGUUAUGUAUAAUGGUGUGUUUAUUCAUGAAAUAAAGCUGUUCAGUCCAUC